AUGGGCUCUUCAGGCCCAGUUCACGAUGGCUCAUGGCAAGAUGAGCUGAAUUUAGAGACCCUUUUGUCAGAGAGCCAGUUGAGCAUUGAUGACAUGAAUAAACCCACGGAAUUUGCAUGCGAUCUCGAACAAACGGUUUUUAAUCUCGCCAAAAACGUCGAAGAUAUCAAAUUCAGCGUCAUGGAAUCACAGAAGCACAGGGGGAAAAUGAUGGAGAUGGUCUCAUCCCUGGAGUUACCCGCGAUCCCGCCCAGUCUUGAUGAAGGACUCGAUGAGCUCCGAAUGUCCUGUGCACUUUCGAUGGCGAUUGAGUACAUAGGAUGGAAGGCAUUCGAUCCUGCUAAGCAGCAUGCUAAGCAAGCACUCGAUUUCGCCGCACGCCAAGGCAAUGAAACAAGUAUCGCCAGGUGCAACUACUGGUUGGGCCGAAUCGAGUUGGAGCAAGGCAACAUACCCUCUGCCUACAAGUUCUUCAUGGCUGCACGGCCCUGUGCCAUGAAUGACAAGGGCUUGGAAGGGUCAACCUUGGAAUACUAUUUGAAAAUUUCACACCCAACACUUGGCGAGAAACAUCGAAGGCGUGUCUCGCCCCUUAGGAGUCACGCUAAGCUUGAGGGUACUCUCACCCAGGUUGAUACACACCACUCGGGCAAUAAUCAAUCGAAGAAGCGCAAGCAGUUUACCUGGACAUCUGAGCUUGUCCUACGACCUGCGAAAUUGGCUGGUCAUCCGCAAGCAGGCUCAGUCGCUGCAAAGGGCAAUCGCAAACACAAUAAUAGACCCGUUGUCUGGGAAGCGGAAAACACCGAGGACGCUCUCCAUGCCAACAGCCCUCUACGGAUCAUCCCGAAAGACGAAAUCAACGCAGAUGGAAUGGAAUGGCUGACAGUCGCCAAGUCUGGUCCGCGUCUUUCUCAAAGUAAAUUCACAUUUCGCUGCUAUCCCAAAGGUCUGGCACCACGUUCGCGCCCUACAGAGAUAUUUCCUGAACAGCCAGGGGAGAACAUAAUAGCUGCCGAGAAAUGGGAGGUCUUACAUGAGCACUUCAAGAUCAAGAGAGUCACACUGGCCUAUCUGUCUCUUGAAAGAUGGAGGAACUUUGGACUAGACAGGAGUUUCAAGGACAAUAUGGCUAAGAAAGGGGUCUCAUGGCGAUUCCAGGAGACAUAUUUUUGA